AUGGCCACGCCAUUCCUUAUCUCCUACCCCUCCACCCCCACCUCCUCCGGCCUGUCCCUCAAGCAGAUUGCCUACUUCGGGCGUGUGCUGGUGAAGGUCUCAAGCCUCGCCGAGGCGGAGCAAUUCCUGCGCCAGAAUUUCCGCAACCUUGAUGUCUACGUCGAUGCGACUGCCAUCUCGUCGGCUGGAGACUUGGUCGAUGUCCUGAACAAUGGUGCCGCGAAGAUUCUCAUCACCCUCGACCAAUUGACCGCGCUCUCCCAGGAGCAGUCCGUUCCUUCCCCUCGUUUGCUCAUCCAUGCCUCGUCCGAGAGUGAGCUCGAUACGUUGCAACAGUGGAUUACUGCCGAUGCCACCGAGCGCAACGCCGUCAGCGUCUGCACCGUCCCCGCCACCGUCCCCGUCGCGGCCUCAAAACUGAACAUCAGCGCCGAUUCCCAGCGGCUGUACACAUCAUUCCAAAACCAGACAGUUUCCCAGGAUGCAGUGGAUGGAGUCACCCAGAAGGGAGCAAUUGCCAUCUUGCCUUCCGAGUCGUUGACCGUUGAGCGGGAUGCUGCUGGACAGAUCUCCGCUGCCAAGCUCCUGGCCUCGCGUGCGGUCACUGAUCAGGCUAACGGCCUCUAUGCUACGUCUGUGACUGAUGAACGAGGCUCAUGCCUUGGCUUUGUCUGGAGCAGCGAUGAGAGCAUUGCUGAGGCCCUUCGCACUGGUACUGGAGUCUAUCAGAGCCGCAAGCGCGGGCUGUGGUACAAGGGUCAGUCAAGCGGUGACGUGCAGGAACUGAUUCGCAUUGGUUUCGACUGCGACGCAGAUUGCUUUGUCUUUGUCGUUAAGCAAAUUGGACGAGGCUUCUGCCACCUCGGUACUGAGAGCUGCUUUGGCGCCUCUGCCGGUCUUUCUCGUCUCCAGAAGACUCUCCUCGCCCGCAAGGCCGAUGCUCCUGCCGGGUCAUACACCGCCCGCCUGUUCAACGAGCCGAAGCUCGCCGAGGCCAAGAUUAUGGAGGAGGCCGAGGAGUUGUGCCGGGCCACAACCAAGGAAGAGAUCGCCUUUGAGGCUGCGGACCUGCUGUACUUCGCCCUGACCAAGUGCACUGCUGCCGGCGUCACUCUGGAGGACAUUGAGCGCAACCUCGACUUGAAGAGCCUGAAGGUUAAGCGGAGAAAGGGCGAUGCGAAGGGCCCGUGGGCAGAGAAGGCUGGUCUGGCUUCUGCAUCAAAGCCUGCUCCCGCGCCUGCGCCUGCGCAGCCCGAGCCUGCUGCCGAGGACCGCACCACCCGAAUUGAGAUGCAGCGCAUUAUCACUGCGUCUACCCCCGUUUCCCAAGUCACGGAUGCCCUUAAGCGCCCCUCCCAGAAGUCCAACGACGCCAUCGUCGGCCUCGUUAAGCCGAUUGUCCAGGAUGUCCGCGAGGGCGGCGAUGCGGCCGUGCUCAAGUACACCCACAAGUUUGAGAAGGCUACAUCGCUGACAUCUCCGGUCAUCAAGGCCCCGUUCCCCGCUGAACUUAUGAAGCUGUCACCCGAUGUCCAAGAGGCCAUCGAUGUCAGCCUCGGUAACAUCCAGCGUUUCCAUGCUGCGCAGAAGGGCAGCAACGACGCCCUGAAGAUGGAGACUAUGCCCGGUGUUGUUUGCUCUCGUUUCUCGCGUGCGAUUGAACGUGUUGGCCUGUACAUCCCCGGUGGUACGGCCGUUCUGCCUUCCACUGCCAUGAUGCUGGGUGUUCCCGCUAUGGUGGCUGGCUGCCAGAAGAUUGUUCUGGCUUCGCCUCCCCGCUCAGAUGGGAGCAUCUCUCCUGAGAUCGUCUAUGUCGCUCACAAGGUUGGCGCUGAGAGCAUCGUUCUGGCUGGUGGCGCCCAGGCUGUGGCUGCCAUGGCCUACGGUACUGAGAGCAUCAGCAAGGUAGACAAGAUUCUUGGUCCCGGCAACCAGUUCGUGACUGCUGCCAAGAUGCUCGUUUCCAACGAUACCUCUGCCGGCGUGAGCAUCGAUAUGCCCGCUGGUCCUAGUGAAGUCCUUGUCAUUGCCGACAAGACUGCCAACCCUGCCUUUGUUGCUUCCGACCUGCUGAGCCAGGCGGAGCAUGGUGUCGACUCUCAGGUGAUCUUGAUCGCCGUGGACCUUACUGAGGAGCAGCUUCGUGCCAUUGAGGACGAGGUUGAUGCUCAAGCUAAGGCCCUCCCCCGCAUGGACAUCGUACGCGGCUCCCUGGCCCACUCCGUUACUUUCGUGGUGCGGGAUAUCAACGAGGCGAUGGCUCUGAGCAACGAGUAUGCCCCCGAGCACUUGAUCCUCCAGGUCGCGGGCCCCGAGGCGAUUGUCGAGCAGGUCCAGAACGCCGGCAGUGUUUUCAUCGGCCCUUGGACCCCCGAGAGUGUCGGCGACUACUCUGCGGGUGUGAACCACUCUCUCCCUACUUACGGCUAUGCCAAGCAAUACUCCGGUGUAAACCUCGGCUCGUUCCUGAAGCACAUUACCAGCUCCAACCUGACCGCUGAGGGCCUGUUGGGUCUAGCCAAGACAGUCGAGACCCUGGCUGCGGUCGAGGGUCUGGAGGCGCACAAGCGGGCAGUCAGCAUCCGUGUCGCGCAGAUGCAGAAGGACCGCUCGUAG